UUUGCGGAGAUGUUUAAUAUUCAGGUCACAUGACGAUGGCAGCAGGAGCAGCACCAGCAUCCCCGCUCUGCUGAAAUAGCCACUGGAGAAGGAAGGGAAGGAGAGAGGGGGGGACAAGAGGACACAGGGAAGAAAGACAAAGGUAAAAGCAAGUGGAGCUUUGUCGCCCACCGUGCUGCUUCAUCAGCGUCAGGCUAGAAAAGUGGGGGGAGACCCACCCCCUUGGGAGAGGAUUCGGAGACAAAGGAAGCUUCAUGUUCAAAGGACCAGUGGACAGCAAAAACGAAGCAGCCAUGUCUGAGCUGGUGCCAGAGCCACGACAAAAACCAGUCGUACCAAUGAAGCCCAUGGGCAUCAACACCAGCUUGCUGGGCUACAUCGGUAUCGACACCAUCAUUGAGCAGAUGCGCAAGAAAACCAUGAAGACAGGUUUCGACUUCAACAUCAUGGUUGUAGGUCAGAGUGGACUGGGAAAGUCAACGCUGGUAAAUACCCUCUUCAAAUCCCAGGUGAGCCGCAAAUCUUCAGGCUGGAACCGGGAGGAGAAGAUCCCCAAGACAGUGGAGAUCAAAGCCAUUGGGCACGUCAUUGAAGAAGGUGGUGUCAAAAUGAAGCUGACAGUGAUUGACACACCAGGAUUUGGAGACCAGAUCAACAAUGAGAACUGCUGGGAGCCUAUUGAGAAAUACAUCAACGAGCAAUAUGAAAAGUUUUUGAAAGAGGAGGUGAAUAUUGCAAGGAAGAAACGAAUUCCAGACACGCGCGUGCACUGCUGCCUCUACUUCAUCUCCCCUACAGGGCACUCCUUGCGGCCUUUGGACCUGGAGUUCAUGAAACAUCUCAGCAAGGUAGUGAACAUCAUCCCAGUUAUUGCUAAGGCUGACACCAUGACCUUGGAGGAGAAGACUGAAUUCAAACAAAGAGUGCGCAAGGAACUAGAAGUAAAUGGGAUCGAGUUUUAUCCCCAGAAAGAAUUUGAUGAGGACUUGGAGGAUAAAACAGAGAACGACAAAAUCAGGCAGGAAAGCAUGCCCUUUGCAGUAGUGGGCAGUGACAAGGAGUACCAAGUGAAUGGCAAAAGAGUCCUGGGCAGGAAAACACCUUGGGGAAUCAUUGAAGUGGAAAACCUCAAUCACUGUGAAUUUGCCCUACUUCGAGAUUUUGUCAUCAGGACCCACCUUCAGGACCUAAAAGAAGUGACCCACAACAUCCACUAUGAGACCUACAGAGCCAAACGGCUGAAUGACAACGGAGGGCUGCCCCCCAUGACUGUGGAGACAGAGGAAAACCACGAAAGUAACCUGUGAAAGAGCCUCCCCCUCCAUGGUCACUGGUGACUCUGGCCAGACAACCCACCCCUGCUACCCCUGACUCAGCCACGGGCCUGUCUCUGCAGCACGUGGGAGUGAGAGGCUGCGAGUGUGAGUGCGUGCGGCGUGCGUGUGCUCCCUGUGUGCCAGAUAGGGACAGGGCAUCCCCCCGGCCCUCCCAGAGUGUCCCCAUCCUUGGUCUGUUUGUGCACAGUGCACUGUCCCCCAGCUUCCCUGCUCUCCCUCCUGUGUCUCAG